UGCUGUAUUUAGCGAUGUAAACUUCUCCUUUCCGCCGUCAAUCGUCUUUCCCGUAACAAUGAAACUUGUUUCACUGUUCGGUUUAUUUUUAUACUCUCAAGCGGUUCACUCACUCACCAACAUCGUCGGCUACAUCGGAGAAAGCGUCACUUUGCCUUCCAGGGUUGAACCAUCAUGGGUUCUCAACAAGAUCGAGUGGGCGAUUUACCCCAACAACACCUGGAUCGCCACCUACCGCGAACAGACGGAGAGCCUCAAUCGUGUGCCCCGAUAUAAAGGCCGACUGAGACUCAACACGACCACGGGUGACUUGACAAUUAGUAAUCUGAAUUUGAACGACGCCAUGGAAUACAGCGUGGACCUCAGCAGCGACUCUGAAAACACGGUCAACAAGAUUAACCUGGUUGUGAAGCAACGCCCGCAGCAACCCGUCAUAACACAACGGCAGAUUAUCACAAAAAGCAGCUGUGUCGUCCUGCUGACGUGUAGGUCGGCCAAUCAGGGCGCCGACCUCUCCUGGAGCUCCACAUCUUUCCAGGGGGAUAACGCAACAUUAAGCACACCUGACGGAUUACAGCUUAUCUUCUACACAAACUCCACUCAGAAGGCUUCUGAAUUCACCUGCACGUCCACAGUAGGCAGCGCCACUGCCUCCAGUGACUUCACAGCAACUUGUUAUGAUGAAAAGACUGUGACCACAAUGAACCCGCCUGCACCUCAUAUAAUAACAUCUUAUUGGAGGGAUAGAGCGAUCCUGCUUUUCUUCUUUGGACUCAUCUUGGGAGCUGUACUGGUGAUAUUUUUAAGCUGCUGCUUGCAAGGAAAGCUUCCGUCUCCUGGGGAAUGUUUGAAAGGUAAAUGUUGCUCAUCCAAGGUCUCCAUCUAACCACAAGAGGAACCAGUUGGAAGCAAAACUAAUAGGAAUUAAAAACAAUAUGUAAGCCAUCGUGUUUUCACAGAAGAAGAGAAGGAUGACCCAAAAAAACAAAAUCCACAAUCCUUUUGAACUUUUCUGUAAAAAAACAAAAAGUGUUCUGGUGAAUUUGAAUUUCUUAUAUUUACAAGAGACAAGAACGUGCUCCCCCUGGUGGUGCAUGGAGUUCAGCUCUGACUGUGUGCGAGGAGGACCACAUUGGAGCAGAGACUAUUGUAUUAUGAAGCAACAAGAGGCAAGAAUCUUCCUGUAGUGGAGCCCAGACACUGUAGUUUAUUGUUUUAACCAGAAAUACAGACACAACACAAUAUAGAUAAAUCAGUCAGAUUGACUGAUUUUGCUGUAACAGUUACUUUAAAACAGUUCAGUUUGUCCAAAAAGUAAUAUGAGGAAAGUUAAUUCAAGAUAUUCUGUCAAAGAUGUUUUCAUUCCUCGGUAACAGGAAAGAGGAAAAUAAAAAAAGAGGAAAAAAAGAAGGAAAAGGUAAAAAUAAAAAAUAAAUAAAAAAUUAUGAAAAAGAAAAAGGAAAAAAAAUUGCAAAAAUUUGGAAAUUAUCAAUAGGUAAAGCAGGCAAAAUAGACUUAAGUUAAGAUGAUUAAGGAUUUUUGGUGGUGAAGGUGACUGACUCCUGACCUGCCAGGCUCCUCCACUCACAACUGUUGAGUCGAUUAGUAAUCAUUCAUUCAGUAUGAUCAUAGGACCAAGAUGCAUGACUCCCACCUGAGGGACAAUAUUUAAUAUAAACCACCAAUACAUGGCAAUACAAUUCACCUUUUUAAGUGUCAAAACAGACAAAAACAACCGGGAUGGCACUGUUUAUCACCUGUGUGUUAAUACUGUUUUACGGCCGUGAGCUGGUCGUAUCAAUACACUACCUCAUGUACAGUGUGAUAAAUAUCUGUGAAACAACACAAGCUUUUAUUUUCUGAUUUUGUUUUCAUCCCUGCACUGUUAAAAGAACUUUGAUCAACACAAAGUGGAGAGUAAACUCUGCCAUUGACACUUUGGUUACAAAAGUGAGUCAGAACUGAUGAAGCGAGGUUGUUUCCUUUCAUUCUGGGUGCUGCUUUUUUCAUGUUACAGUUGUUUCUUUUAAAUAUUAUCACAUUAUCACAUCAUUUGAAUAUUUUUAGAACCUUUCACAUGGGAAAUCGUCUUUUGUGAUGUAUAAAACACAUCGACUGAUGACUGAAAGAACAUUUAUUUACCACAUUAUACAAGCACCUUAAAUGUAAUGGCACUGUCAUUCCUGAAUAUCAGCAGUUUUAUGCUUUUUAAGAGUAUUGUAAAUCUGUGUGUGUACACUGAGUAUCAUCUUGACGGUUGUUAACAGUUCAACAGUCUGUUGAUCAGAACUGUUAUAGUUCAGUUUUCUGACUUCCUGGAUGUAAUUUACUUGCAAAAGUUCUCAAAUCUUCUGCUUAAGUUCACGUAAGGACAGCUCGGUUUGGAAAAAAAAUAGAAUGUUGAAAGUAAAACAGCUGUUUCUUGUUGCAGAUAAAACAAGUGGAAAAAAACCCCACUCUGAAUUCAAAAUAAAAAGUUUAAUUACAUUGUAUAUGCUCAUGAGUUAAAAAUCCACGCAGACACAGAAAUACAAUCGGUAUAGUGUGUGUCUGUGUGUGUACAUGUGUACAUACAUACAUACUAUGACAUAUCUAUUUUUUUUAAAACUGUAUUAUUAAAAAAAUAUUUUUGUAGUCAAGCACAUUUCAGAAUCUGUAAUUUGUCUUGGACUUCGUCAGUCCCUUCUUUUUUGUGUGUAUCUGCAUUUCUAUUCAAUGAAAAACAAAACAACUUUGAAGUAUUGACAGGGUUGAAACAGCGCCCUCUACAGACCGAAUUGAGAAUCUCUGGAUGCUGAAAGAUGUUCAUGUGAUGAUGAUGAUCAGAUGGUUUAUGUUCCCAUUAUUAUUCAGACGGGUUUAUGUCAGAAUAAUCGUCACAGAAGAUGUUUUAUUUUGAUUUUCUCGAGAAGUAUUGAUACAUGAGCCUUAGUUCCACACUUUUGUACUGUAUAUUUACCCUGUUUAAUUUGAAAUAUAUAUAUAUCUAUAUAUUUUUAUCAGCAUUGUUUAAAGCCUGCCUGGGUUUGUAGGUACAGUGUGCAAAUAAAAAUUAUACUGCUUGUA